AUGUGGCCCCGGUAUUCUGGUGCUUUCAUUCGCAAGCCGCCAGAAUGGUUUCUGGAUCCACACGACGAAGCAAUCCCUGCAGCCGAGGCAGUAGUAGGCCGCUGGGGGUUGGUUCCAUGGAGCUUGAGGCCAGAUCCGGAUGAAAUAACAGCAGCGAUGAAGCGGUCGACGUUUAAUGCUCGCAUCGAGGACGUCAGCAAGCGAUUCAGCUUCCGUGGCGCAUGGAAGCGAGGGCAAAAAUGUAUCGUUCCGGCAGAUGCGUUUUAUGAGCCAGACUGGCGAACCAAAAAGGCGGUGGCCACACGGUUCACGCGAGCCGACGGCCAACCAAUGGGAAUUGCUGGCUUGUGGGAUACGUGGACGGAGCCUGGCAAACCACCGCUGCUGUCAUUCACCAUGCUUACCAUGAAUGCGACCGAACACGCAUUGCUAAAGCAUUUCCACAAACCAGAUGACGAGAAGCGGAUAUUGGUCAUUCUGCCCGAGAGCCGGUAUGAGGCCUGGCUUGAUGCACCAGUGGAUAUGAACAUGGAUUUCGCCAGACACUUCCCUGCAGACAACCUGGUUGCCACGGCGGCACCACCAAAGCCACCUGCAGCAGCUGCGGGAGCGUUGUUGUGCGAGAUUUGUCGGCUAAUCUCUGGAUGUUUUACCAAGGAGAAGUUUAUUUCAAAGCAUCACGUGGAAAUCUGGCACGCAAACGACAAUGAUGGAGUUCUGAGUGCUGCGUACCCGGGCACGUCCACAGUCCCGCUGGACAUCAUUGAUCGGUAUACAUUGAGGUACGAUGCCGAGCUAGAGGCCGCAGAUGAGUUGGCCGCAUGCGCGAUGGCAAUCGGAGAAUUAGAUUCUCAGCAGCCUCCGCUGUUGCCACUUGAACCAGGACACGUGCGCGUAGUGCGUUAUGGGGAACCACGUCGUAGCAUGCCUGGCGAUAUCCUCAUCGUGUACCAGCCAGCCACUGAACACAUCAAAGCCUUUUAUUGUUAUCGUGGAGAACCCAGUCAGCCAGCAUUCAACAAGAUGCAACAACUUCUCCCGAGUUUGACGGGGCGCCAGCUGCAUUAG